UGUGGAUUCAUGAGGAAAAGUUGCUUCGAACUCAUACAAUCGUCCAAGUAUUGGAUCCAAAGAAUUGGCCACAAAUUUAUCGAAAUCGUUUAUCUUUUUUGAACCAAGAUUCAGGGAGUAAUAAUGGCUUCAGGUUGAUUCCGUGCUGAUUGAAAUUUUUAUGGAUAAUGGUGGACAGUAAAAUUCUUGAUCAGGCAAACUCAGUUCAAUCUCUUUUUGAAAAUUGGGAAAAUUAGGAUUCUUGGAGUAAUUGGAGAUAGCAGAUGACGAUAUUAUGAUGCCACGAACCUCUAAUUGGCUUUAGGUUUAUCAACAGACAAAAAUUUAACUCGUCCUAAAUUGCGUACGCCCCAGAAGAUUACUUGUAAUUUAUAUUUAGGCAAGGCGACCUUAUCUAUGGAGGAAUUGAGAUUAUCUCAGUAUUGCCACCAACAUUGACAGAACCAGACGGGAUCUUGGAUAAUCCUCUGUGCUAUCGGUUUCACUGAUUUGAAUCGACUCAAGAGCCAUCAGCAAUUGUCCACCUUCAUGGCCAUUCAACCAAACAUCAUACCAAUUAAGUCUAGGAUAUUUGUAGAUUUUAUCAGAAAAUCGUACAUAGUCAAAGGUUACUCGACCAAUGAAGUCAUCUCCACCAAUGAUAUCACGAUCAUAAACUUCGACGAGAGCAGUUAAUCCAUCAGCUUUGAUAUCAUCUCUAGAACCAAUUAAACUUAUUUGAGGUGCUAUAAUUAAUUGGUCGCAACAUAUUUUUAUUUUUCAAAUUGACCCCCAGCUUUGUGCGCAUCAUCAUCAAACUUAUCAUUACAAAAUCAUUAUUUCAUCAGCCAUUUCAAAGUGCCACAAUUGUCAAUAUGGCGCGAAUUAAUACCAGCCAGAAUCUGAGAAUCAUCAAAAGAGAAGAUGCAAGUUCAUCUUCUUAUUCCUCUCAACGAUCGAAACGUCCACGAUUGGGUACAUUCGAGGUUGGAAAAGUACCCUCACAACGAGGACCAUCAUUUAUCGAGUCUCCAACAUCAGCAGUUCAAACUCCAACAACUGUUUCAGUACCUUCAGUACAACAAGGGCUAUCAUCUUCGGUUCAUGAGGAAAGGGCAACAAAUAUUGGAACAUCCAUGGGUCGCGAAUCACCUCGAUCAUUGGCAUCAACAACCGUGCUUCAUGGAGAAGUGAUGCGUGAAUACGGUGAAAAUGAGCUUCUUGGUUUUUCACUCGACCAAUCUUCUCUUUUCAUCCAAAUUAUUAGCCUUUUAAAUGGCAAAGUAUUUGAAACUUUCCGAAAUAUGGAAAAUGGCUUCAUAACUCUCCAGAAAGUAUGGAGCUUCGCAAAAUAUCACAUUAUCAAAACUGAACAUGGUUACAGCCAACAUUUUACCAACAAAUCUGAAUUUCCUGCCGCAGAUACUGAAAUCGAAGAUGAGUUAAAAAGAAACAUUGUUUGUGUUGAGCAAUCCAUCCGUUGUGCCUAUCCAGGAUGCAUGUGCAAAGGAAAGAUUUGGCCAUCUCGAAAUGCUGCACAACAACAUUUACAAAAUCUUAAUGUUAUUUAUUUUUGUGCUGCGUGUGGACAAAAUUUCAAUGCUCGAACCACGGCUCUUUCGCACCACAGAACAAAUUGUAGCAUUUUAAAAAAUGAAGGCUUAGAAUAUGUGAAAAUGUUAAAAUUAAUGGAAAAAAAACUUAAAAAAACCAAUCAAAAACUAAGUGAUGACGAAAAAGACAUUGAUGAUGAUGAUUCCACUCGAUGCUGCUGCUGAAAUGAAUUAUUCAGAUUUUGAGUCACCAAUCUCAUUUGAUGAAUUUUUAAAAUAUUGUUUGCAGUUGGGGAUAGCUCGAAAAGUGCUCGAGCCAGAGACAACAAUCGAAUCCAUAAAACAAAAAACUUCUCUUGAAGAGAAAUACAUUCUUUUAUCAUUUUUGAAAACUUUCCAGGACUUGGUCCUUAAUCAAAGAAAUUGAAAAAUUAAACCGACCUCAAAAGACUACAAAAUAUUUUAUUCAAAAAAGUACGCAUUCCAAAUAGUGGAAAGAUUGAGUGCCACACCAAUAUCUCAAUGGGACCUGGAUUGGAUUACUGGCAAGUCCCUGCGAAAACUAGAAAUUGAUGAGCAAAUAGAUCGUUUCUAUUGUAUUUAUCCGAUUUGCCCAUGUGGUGGAAAAUUCUAUUCAAUUACUUUUCAUGACAUAAUUCGCCAUAUUCAAAUCAGAAACUUCACCUUGGUUUGUCUUGUUUGUCAUCGCGCCUUCAACAAUCAAAAACAACUCGAUGAACACUACACACCAGAUUGCGAACUUCCGUUAGCAAUGCAGCCAGAAACACUGAAAAAUGAAUAUCUGGCCGCUUACAGAAAAAAGAACAACUUGUAAUAAUUUGACAUUUAUCUAUUUAUUAUUUUUUUUACUUAUCAUUCAUUUUGAUUGUUUAACAAACCCCAUCCCAAAUACGGCAGCUUGACAGUACUGUCAAGUUGCCGUAUUUUUUUGUACUUAAAUGAUUACAUUUAUUCUGUUCUUAGUUCAUAAUAAAAGAAAUUAAUUAGUAAAGAACUUA